AUUUAAAUUUUUUAAUGGAUUUCCAAAAGACAACAAACUUCGAAGUACUUCAGUCAGGUGGAGCUGAAUAUGAACUUACAGAUGUUGAGAUUCAACAAUUGAAGGAACACAAUCAGAAGCGUGUGAAACGUGUCGUCGUAUUCGUUUCAAUUGGAAUGACACUAAUCGCAUUAGCUCUUGUUGCUUUCUCGUUAGCAUUGGGAAGGAAGAUUGAUCUGAUGGUUGAACAAAAAGUGGAGGAACGAAUGGUAAUCUACUCGGUGCAUGGAAUUGAGCUCACUGAAACGAGGAGUUGAACAUUUCAAAUUGUUUUGUUGCACAUAUUUCUCAUGUUAAACCAUUUCGGGUUAAUUUUAUUCCUGUUUUGUGUAUAUAUUGAUAUGAUAAACAACUUUAAAACGAA